GUAAGAGAACGGUCGGAAAACCGCUGCUCUGUGCUCUCCGUGUAUAAGAGUGUAGCGAUACACAAAAAAUAUUUUUCCCUUUUAAAAAUACGGAAAUAUUCGGAAAAAUCUAGUGCGACCGCGAUAAACUCACUUUUUCGCUUUGCAAAUCGCUCGAUUUGAACAACAAAAAAAAGUUGUUGAAAGGUUUAGCACACACAAAAGUCAAACUCAAUUUAUUUCCGAUUUAGCAAAUUCUGUGGAAAAGAAAAUUAAAAACAAAACGCCGAGAAAGAGGCAGACUGUGAAAGAAGAAGAAAAGAACAAAAAAGCAAUAACUCAUUCGUGUGUGUGAUGUGAAACAAAAAAUGUUCAUUCGAAGAAAAGAUUCUUUCUUAGGACAGUUUUGCAACAAUAGAUGAGCAAAAAAAAGCAACCUUGAGCUAUUCUUUGCAGCUACAAUUCUACGCAGCGAAAAUUAUCCUGCGAAGGAAAGUGACAUUCAUUCAAGCAUAAAAUAAAACAAAACUCUGAAAUUUGCUCAUUUCUUGGAGAGAAAUAUAACAAGAGUUGAAAAGUUAUUUAUUUAUUCUAGGUCAUAUAAAUAGUUUACUUACUACAUUGUACGUACAACCACACAAAAAACAGCAAGAUGGUGAAAAAUCAUUGGCUACUACUACCAGUUGUCUGUAUUGGAUUAGUAUGGUUUUGGAUUCCGGAGACAGUCAUGUCAGCCGAAUGCCAAUCUCGUUCAAUUUACUGUUAUGAAUGUGAUUCAUGGACUGACCCUAGAUGUAAGGAUCCCUUCAACUACACAGCUUUACCGAAAGAUCAGCCGCCGCUCAUGACAUGCAACGGUUGUUGCGUAAAAAUGGUCCGGCACUCAAAGACACCGUACGAAGUUGUACGGAGACUUUGCACCAGUCAGCUACAAAUUAAUCUGUUUAUGGUCGAUCAUGUUUGUAUGCAGGAAAGCUCGGGCUCUGGUCACAUGUGCUUCUGUGAGGACGAUAUGUGUAACGCAGGUCCAUCCCUCUACACACAUAACACUCAUAACAUUAUAGAAACUGUGUUUAAAAUGUUUGCAAGUUUAGCUUCUGUUACAAUAUUUUCUAAUUUCAUCUACUGGAACGGAAGAUAAAUUUAACAUCCGAAUAAUACCCGUAACAAUU